AAGAUGAAUAAUGUGACUGAGUUUAUUCUCCUGGGCUUGAAUCGAAAUGUGGAGCUUCAGAAACUUUCAUUUGUUGUGUUUUUGAUUGUCUACUUGGUCACCUUGGCAGGCAACCUGCUCAUCAUCCUUACCAUUAGCACCAGCAGGUCCCUGGCAUCCCCUAUGUACUUUUUCCUGUUUUACUUAUCCCUUAUGGAUGGCUGCUGUUCUUCAUGCAUGACCCCAAAAAUGCUAGCUGAUACUCUUUCUGUGAAAAAAUCCAUUUCUUUUAGGGGGUGCAUGACUCAAGUCUUUGCUGGGCAUCUUUUUGGUUCUGCUGAGGUUAUGCUUCUCACGGUGAUGGCCUAUGACCGCUAUGUGGCCAUCUGUAAACCCCUGUACUACAUGACCAUCAUGAACCAACAGCUGUGUAGAAUCCUUGUGGGAGCAGUCUGGAUUGGAGGCUUUGUUCAUGCAACAAUUCAGAUCCUCUUCACAAUCUGGCUGCCCUUCUGUGGCCCCAAUGUCAUAGACCACUUCAUGUGUGACUUGAUCCCUCUGUUGAAACUCGUCUGCAUGGACACUCAUACCCUUGGUCUCUUUGUUGCUGCCAACAGUGGGUUUGUCUGCCUGUUAAACUUUCUCCUCUUGAUUGUCUCUUAUGUGGUCAUCUUAUAUACCCUGAAAUCUCACAGCUUGGAGGGGAGGCGCAAAGCCCUCUCCACCUGUGUGUCUCAUAUCACGGUAGUCAUCUUGUUCUUUGUACCCUGCAUAUUUGUGUAUCUACGUCCAGCGACCACCUUCUCCAUUGACAAAGCAGUAGCUGUGUUUUAUACCAUGAUAACUCCUAUGUUAAACCCUUUAAUCUACACCCUUAGAAAUGCAGAGGUGAAAAAUGCUAUGAAGAUGCUUAGGCCUAAAGGGCCCCCGGACCAGUGUAUUUUGUACGGAGAACCGCGGCUCCGGGGCGCGGACAAAGCAGCCGCGCGGGGCAAAGCAGCGGCGCUGGCCGGCACAGCCGCGCUGGUGACCGUGGAGCACCUCUGCCCGGGAAUUUCCUAG